AUGAUCAGUAUUAAUAUAAAAUCUAUUGAAAUACAGAUAACCAUAAUUUCUGUUCAAACAGACGUGCAUAUCGAAACAUCGACCCCGGAUUCCCCAGUUAUAUCUGAGGACACACAAACAAAUUCGCCUGGUACGAUUGAAGACUCACAGACCGAUCCUCCUGCAACUGAUGUCGCACAGACCGAGCCUCCUGCAACUGAUGUCGCACAGACCGAGUCUCCUGCAUCUAUAGCACAGACCGAGCCUCCUGCAACUACUGACGCACAGACCGAGCCUCCUGCAACUACUGUCGCACAGACCGAGCCUCCUGCAACUACUAUCGCACAGACCGAGCCUCCUACAACUGCUGACGCACAGACCGAGCCUCCUGCAACUACUGUCGCACAGACCGAGCCUCCUGCAAUACUGUCGCACAGACCGAGCCUCCUCAACUCUAUCGCACAGACCGAGCCUCCUACAACUGCUGACGCACAGACCGAGCCUCUUGCAACUACUGUCGCACAGACCGAGCCUCCUCUCUCUGAAUCCUGCAGUAAAAUCAACGAAAUACCACCUGCUUAA